AGCCAUUUUCGCACUCGCCCUGCCCAAUCGAUUUUUCGAUUUUCCGCCGAUGGCGCGGCGAGCGCUCGGCUUUUUCUUGCCUCUAGCCGCCGGCGCACAGCUGGACCUCAUCCUCUACGGGGCAGAUGGCUGCGUGGGCCAUUUCGCAGCGCAGCACCUGGUGCAACAACCCAACCUCUCCUGGGCCAUCGCGGGCCGCAACGCGUCGCAGCUCGAGGCGCUGAAAGCGUCGCUGCAUGGGGUCUCCAUGCCCCAAGUCUUGGCCAAGGCCUUGGACCAGGACGUGAAGACUUGGCUGGGCAGCACUCGCGCGGUGAUUUCCGCCGCGGGGCCCUUCUCCAUUCACCAGGGCGAGGCCCUGCUGAGCGCGGCGGCGGAGCUGGGGAUCCACUACGCCGACACCAGCGACGAGUUCUACUGGCAGCGGGAGAUGAUCGACAAGUAUGACGAAGUGGCCAUCAAGUCCGGGGCAAAGGUGGUCCUCUCCAGCGGCUUCUGUGCGCUGGCGGCGGACCUGGGCGCCAGCUUGGCCCUGGAGAACUUCAGCGGGGAGCUGCAGCUGGACGCGUGGUUGGAGCGCUACAACGGCGGCGUCAGCGCGGGGGUGUUGAACACCGCCAAGGUGCUGAAGAAUGCGAGUUUCCCCAAAGCGUGGGAGAAGGAUCCCUACGUGCUGGCGCCCGGUGCCAAGUCUACUCUGCGAAAAGACACGCAGGUGGAAGGCAUGGGCUUUCCUUCCUGGGUGGCCUCGGAGGGGCCCAUCGUGUCCAAUCUCUUCGGGCCCUAUGAUGCUCGCUUACUGCGCCGCUCCUUGAAGCUUCGCGUGGGCGCAAGUGCUGGCAUGUACCCCAAGUGGGCGGCCUUUCUGGCAGAGCAUCCGGGCAGCUGGUCUACUCUCUCCAAGUGCCCCACCCAGGCCAUCUAUGACGGCGGCUCCUGGUCCUAUCGCUUCAAGGCGCGUAGCGGCGCAAGCGGAGACUCGGAGGUGCUGCUCAGCGGGGCAGGCGACCCCGGGUACCGCUUCACGGCCGUGGGCCUCGCGGAAGCCGGGCUGUGCCUGGCGGGCAAGACGGGCUCCUGCGCCAGGACAGGAGCAGGGAUCAUGACGCCCAUGGGCGCUGCCAAUGUCAAGGUUUUGGCUGACCGACUGAAGAGCAUCGGUGUGCUGGACAUCCAGACCACCCGCCUCGAAUCGAUCCCGGCAGAUUCGUUGCCGGAGCUGGUGGUGUGAGAGACAUUUGCGAGUGCCGCCUCAGUCAGUUUCACCCAGUUUUCGUCGGCUCGGUCAAACCGCUUGAUCUCGGGGAAGUACUUGAAACCCGACUACCCACUCC